UGAGAGAGCGUUACGCUGUCUACUCCCUCUGCGUUUGUCUGUGGACCGAGGAAGGUGGCAUGACAUGAAGACCAGAACCUUUGCCUUAGCAUUGUUGUUGUGAACCUCAGAAAGCAAAAACACAGAUCUGUUGUCACAAUGGGUUGCUUUCUUCAUUGCUUCGGUUCCUCCACAACCACCAAACCCAGGCGCAAGGCUCACCAUCACCAUCGGAAUGCUAAAGACGGGUCGGAGCGACCAAAGGUGUGUUCUGUGCCGGAAUACUCGCAAUGGGUGGUACUUAGCACUACAUCAGAAGAAAUACAGACUAAACCUCUGCAGAAGCUAAACGCGAGCCCUAAAAAGAAAGUGACUUUUGAUGUCAAUGUGAAAACGUACGAGCCAGAAGAAGUUGUUGAUUUCCAACCAGAGAAGACUGAAGAGAAAAGACCUUCAGUUGAAACAAAUUCUGAAGAAAGUUCGGUUACUUCAACCGGGUCUUACCCAACAAACCAUAGGUACCAUAAUUGCACAUGUAUUGAUGAUGAAGAUGCAGCAAUGGAGUAUUGGGAUAGUGAUCUCACUGAUGAGGAUGAAGAUGAGGACGAGGAUGAUAGUGACAUGGGAGAAGAAUAUGAUGAAGUGGGGGAAGACUUUGAAGAUGGAACAGUGUACUCAAGGUCAAGAAAUGGUGAUAAUGAAGGGGUUGUUGCAGAGGUGGAAAGUCCAAUCCCAGUGAAGUCUAUUGGGUUGAACCGUAAUGUUCGAGAUAGGAGUGUGUAUGUUCAUUCUGUGCUGAACCCUGUGGAGAACCUCACUCAAUGGAAAGCAGUUAAGGCUAAAAGAGCACCAGCAUUGGUGUCUCAGAAGGAGAAUUUGGUUUUGAAUCAAGAAUCCCGAGCUGCAUUUGGUGCUGAUUCAGAAUCACCGAAGAAGUUGAACCGGGAAAUCGCAGUUGAUGCUAGCCUUUCAAACUGGUUAGGUUCAUCAGAAACUACACCUGUUAGCUCACAUGGCUCAAAUACAUUAUCAGUUGAAGAGAUUAAACAGUUUUCAGCUUCUUGUUCACCAAGAAAAUCACCAAGAGAUGAAAUUGCCAUCAUAGGCAGUGUUGGUAGCUACUGGAAUUGUGGGGGUUAUGCUCAGGAUUCUGGCUCAGCAAAUCGAGUGACUUCAAGAAGGGUACAAUACAAUUGAUGUGAAAGUUAGUUAUGCCGAACAAGAGAGUGAAUAUGAGACAAGGUUGUUCUAUCUAGAAGGUUGUUACUCAUGUAUGUUAGACAAGAUUCCAUUGAUGAGUGGUUUGUGUUAGGUGCAAUUUUUUGAUUCUUUUGUGAAUGUUUGUUUGUGUUGCAAUCUGCGGUUGGAUUAAUAAUACUAUUGUCAUGUAGUUUUUAUCUGUA